AUGUCGGGCGAGGCGUGGUAUGUGCGCGAUUCAUUCGGCGGACAAGACACGCACAGGCUCCAACCUCGAAGCUGUUGUACUGACUGUACCAAAUGCAGGUUGUUCCUCCUCGCCGUCCUUCUCAAUGCCGUCAAUCUCUUCCUGCAGGUCUUCUUCACCAUCAUGUACUCCGACCUCGAAUGCGACUACAUCAACCCCAUCGAUCUGUGCAACCGCCUGAACAUGUACAUCGUCCCCGAAGCCGGCAUUCACGCUUUCCUCACCGUGCUCUUCCUGGUCAAUGGAUACUGGCUGCCGCUGUUGCUGAACUUGCCGUUGUUGGGCUGGAAUGCGAAGAAGUAAGACAAUCCCCCGAAACACACGUCAACUCAGGACACAUUGGAGCAGGCACGAUUGUGAGCGCGAGUACUGAUAUACAGGGAAACAGAAUCUUCGAGAACCAGCAUCUCCUCGAUGCAACCGAGAUCUUCCGCAAGCUGAACGUGCAUAAGAAGGAGUCGUUCAUCAAGCUCGGCUUCCAUCUGAUCAUGUUCUUCUUCUACCUCUACUCCAUGAUCGUGGCACUUAUCAGGGACGAAAGUCGGUAA